AUGAAGAUCAACUCCUCAGAGCAGCCAAGUCUCUGGCGGAAUGGCAGCACAUGGCCACCAAUCACAUCUUCAGGCAUAGGGAUGUCCUGCUUCACCAUGACAUUUGGUGCUAUCUCCAACCUCACUGCUUUGGGCAUCUUGGCCAGGUCCCGCGUCCGAUUCCGCCGCCAAUCGAAAGCACCAUUCCUGCUGUUAACUGUGUGUUUGCUAGCAGCUGACCUGGGAGGUCAUGUGAUCCCAGGAGCCUUCGCUCUGUAUUUGCACUUGAAUCAGCAGUAUAAAAUGCAAGCCACGAGGCCCACCACAUUCUGUCAAGUCUUUGGGGCAAGUAUGGUGUUUUUUGGCUUAUGCCCUUUACUGUUUGGUGGUGCGAUGGCAGUGGAGCGCUGCAUGGCCAUCACCCAGCCAUUUUUCCAUGCUGCUGUGAUUACAGUGACUCAUGUACGACGUGUUGUUUUAUUCCUGUCUUUUCUUGCACUCAUACUGGCAGUUCUACCAUUUUUUGCCAUAGGGACUUAUACUCCUCAGUCUCCUGGCACAUGGUGUUUCUUACCCAUCCAACGAUUCCAAUCUAAACCUGACACCUAUCUGGCUUCGACAUUCUCAUGUCUGGGCCUCACAGCGCUCACUCUUUCUCUACUCUGCAACAUCCUCAGUGGUGUGGCAUUGCUGCAGGCCAGAAUUAAGCCCUGCAAUACGAAUGCAAAAUCAAAAGCUCGCUGCACACAUCGUCCAUCUUCCGCAUCAACUUCCGCCUCGUUUUGCUCAUUGGACGUUGAGAUGAUGGCGCAACUGGCGGUGCUCACUGUGGUUUCCUGUGUGUGCUGGAGCCCCUUUCUUGUCCAUAUUCUUGUGAGGCAGAUCAACCAAAGGCCCAGAACCUUGGACAAUGAUCAAGAUGGGUUUACUCUCCUGAGUUUACGUAUGGCCUCCUGGAAUCAGAUCUUAGACCCUUGGGUCUACAUCUUGCUGAGGAGAGUGGUGCUUUUGAGAGUUUGCUGUUUCUACACACAGAGACCGUUAGAGACGGGAAAUAGUUCCUGUGCAGACCAACGCAGGCAAACCUUCAGUCUGCAAUGA